UGGUCUUCUCUCUCGCACCUCCAUUGCUUCUUCUUCUCUUCCAGGCACCAUUGACCACCGUCGUCGUGCCGUACCACUACCGCACUACUCUUCACCAAGCUUCUUCUUCUCUUCCAUGCCACUCUUCAACAACCAAUGCAUCAAAGAGAGCAAUGAAAAAGAGGGGUUUGAAGCAUUGUUUCACGUCAUCGCAGGUUGUGUUGAGCAUGAUAAUGGUGCAAGGUUUUGUGACAGGGAUGCAGCUUCUUUCAAGGGUGAUAUUGGUUCAGGGUUCCUUCAUCUUUUCACUCAUUGCUUAUCGUCAUAUUGUUGCUGCAAUUUGUGUUGCACCUUUUGCUCUCUACUUUGAAAGAGACCGCACAUUGACUUUUACUCCCAAAGUUUGGUUUUGGCUCUUCGUUAACGCAUUAAUGGGAAUGACUCUGGCUCAAGGAUUAUUCUACUAUGGGCUGAGAGAUACUUCAGCUACAUACUCUGUCAACUUUCUCAACAUGGUUCCAAUAUGCACAUUCCUUACCUCUGUCAUCUGCAGAUUCGAGAAAUUGGGACUCCACACUUGGGCUGGUAGAACUAAGUGUGCAGGGGCAAUUCUGUGUGUUGGUGGAGCAUUACUUACCACUCUCUACAAAGGAAAACAAUUUUAUCUUCAUCAUCAUACUCAUCAUGCUCAAACCGCUGUUGCAGCACACCCUACCCACAUGCUUCAGGGCACUUUCCUCUUGAUCUGCAGCUGCUUCUCAUACACAGCUUGGUUUCUUGUGCAAGUACAAUUGCUUAAAGUAUUUCCAUUGAGGUAUUGGGGAACAAUGCUAUCAUGCGUUAUAGCAGCAAUUCAAUCAGGAAUCGCAGGUGUCUGCAUAGAUUCUAGUAAGGCUGCAUGGAGAUUAGAGUGGAAUCUGCAACUGCUCACCAUAAUCUACUCUGGAGCAUUGGCCACUGCUGCUACAUUCUGCAUAUUAUCAUGGGCUGUUGCAAUCAAAGGACCUACUUAUCCUCCAAUGUUCAAUCCCCUCUCUCUUAUUUUUGUGGCCUUUUUAGAAGCUUUCAUACUUGGACAACCACUAACCUUUGGAACGUUGUUGGGCAUGGUUUUGAUCAUGGUGGGGUUGUACUCCUUCUUGUGGGGAAAAAGUAAUGAGAAAAAGGGCAUGACUCAGCAACCAAUUGUGGCAGCUGCAGAAGUAUCAAAUGUCACUGAUUUGAUUGCUGGCCCAGAAUCAACGGCUACAGUAGUGCCAAGUUCUUCACCACUCAAUACUAUAACUUUAGUAUCUGAAACUCCUUACAAAAACUGAAAAAAGAAAAAAAAAACUUCAUUUUACCUUUUUACAUAUGUAGGCCUGAUAA